GCCUCCCCCGCCCCUUCCACCUCCCAACCGGGCGCGCUUUCUGGAAGAUUCGUGAAGGGCGUUGGGCGCGUACUCUUACACCGCAGCCGGCUGCAAUCCGCGUCCAUCCGUUCUUCCUGAGCUCACGCAAAUCCAUCCCUGCUAGCCAUGCCCGAGAACGUGGCACCCCGGAGCGGCGCUCCCGCCGGAGCUGCCGGCGGCCGCAACAAAAGCGCCUAUAAGGACCGCGAUAAGCCGGCCCAGAUCCGCUUCAGCAACAUCUCCGCGGCCAAAGCUGUUGCUGAUGCUAUUAGAACAAGCCUUGGACCAAAAGGAAUGGAUAAAAUGAUUCAAGAUGGGAAAGGCGAUGUGACCAUUACAAAUGAUGGUGCCACCAUUCUGAAACAAAUGCAAGUGUUGCACCCAGCUGCUAGAAUGCUGGUGGAGUUAUCUAAGGCACAAGAUAUAGAAGCAGGAGAUGGCACCACAUCAGUGGUCAUCAUUGCUGGUUCUCUCUUAGAUUCCUGUACUAAGCUUCUUCAGAAAGGGAUUCACCCAACUAUCAUUUCCGAGUCAUUCCAGAAGGCUUUGGAAAAAGGUAUUGAAAUCUUGACUGACAUGUCUCGACCUGUGGAACUGAGUGACAGAGAAACUUUGUUAAAUAGUGCAACUACUUCAUUGAACUCAAAGGUUGUCUCUCAAUAUUCAAGUCUGCUUUCUCCAAUGAGUGUAAAUGCAGUGAUGAAAGUGAUUGAUCCAGCCACAGCUACCAGUGUAGAUCUUAGAGAUAUUAAAAUAGUUAAGAAACUUGGUGGGACAAUUGAUGACUGUGAGUUGGUGGAAGGGCUGGUUCUCACUCAAAAGGUGGCAAAUUCCGGUAUAACCAGAGUUGAAAAGGCAAAGAUUGGGCUUAUUCAAUUUUGCUUAUCUGCUCCCAAAACAGAUAUGGAUAAUCAGAUAGUAGUAUCUGACUACGCCCAGAUGGACCGAGUGCUACGAGAGGAGAGAGCCUAUAUUCUAAACUUGGUGAAGCAAAUUAAGAAAACAGGAUGUAAUGUCCUUCUCAUACAGAAGUCUAUUCUCAGAGAUGCUCUUAGUGAUCUUGCAUUACAUUUCCUGAACAAAAUGAAGAUUAUGGUGGUUAAGGAUAUUGAAAGAGAAGACAUUGAAUUCAUUUGUAAGACAAUUGGAACCAAGCCCGUUGCUCAUAUUGACCAGUUCACUGCUGACAUGCUGGGAUCGGCUGAGUUAGCUGAGGAGGUCAAUUUAGAUGGUUCUGGCAAACUCCUCAAGAUUACAGGCUGUACAAGCCCUGGAAAAACAGUUACAAUUGUUGUUCGUGGAUCCAACAAAUUGGUUAUUGAAGAAGCUGAACGCUCCAUUCAUGAUGCCCUGUGUGUCAUUCGCUGUUUAGUGAAGAAGAGAGCUCUUAUUGCAGGAGGUGGUGCUCCAGAAAUAGAGUUGGCCCUACGGUUAACUGAAUACUCACGAACACUGAGUGGUAUGGAAUCCUACUGCGUUCGUGCUUUUGCAGAUGCUAUGGAAGUCAUUCCAUCUACGCUAGCUGAAAAUGCAGGCCUGAAUCCCAUUUCCACAGUAACAGAGUUAAGAAACCGGCAUGCCCAAGGAGAAAAAACUACGGGCAUUAAUGUCCGAAAGGGUGGUAUUUCCAACAUUUUGGAGGAGCUGGUUGUCCAGCCUCUGUUGGUUUCAGUUAGUGCACUGACUCUAGCAACUGAAACUGUCCGGAGCAUACUGAAAAUUGAUGAUGUGGUAAACACUCGGUAAUCUGGAUAAUGCUGCUGGACUGGCAACAUCAUGGCCACUAAUAGUGCAGCUGGAUUGGAAGGAAGGUUACCGGCGUUACUUGUUUCAAAUACUGUUUCCUCUAUGAAUUCCUGGGCCUGGUCUUCCAGUUUGCAUUUACUUGAAAUUGUAUUGAUACAGUUCAAUGAAAAUAUUAAAUAUUUGGUUUCAAAAGGCAGAUUAAUUUAUUGUCGCUCUCCUCCCAACAUUCUGUUACUUCAGACACUCUUGAAAAAUGUGUAUAAGAAGCCGGUGGGAUGGAUUCACAUUUACCUGUUGAUUUCCUUAGGAUCUUAAUCCUAAAUACCUUGUCUUACUUUUUUUUUUAACAGAAGUACUGAGGGGGGAAAUGGCCAAAUUAAUAUGCUCAUCACCCUGAUAAAUCCCCAUUUACAUAAACUAUCAGAAAGAUACAAAGUAAAAAAAUGAAAGUCUCCCUAAACUUUAUAAUUCUGAUCCCUUUUUCCAAGAAUAAGCACUGUUGAGAUAUCUUCUACAAAUAAAAGUGUACACA